AAUAUGAACUUGAACUAGUGGUAAUGACAAAUUUGAACAUACAAGAUUUUUCCAUUAAACAAGCACACACUCCACUAAAGGCAAAGCCUUGUGUUACUGAGUCGGCUGCCAGUGAAAUCCUUAAUCAGAUUCAGGUGCGUUUCUAAAUCUUGUUACUCUGUCAUCACAGACCCCUUUUUUUAUUAACAAACACUUCAACCUCAACCUCAACCUCAACAAAGCCAAAUCAUUAUCCUAUAACAAUGGUUAUGUGCAAUAUACGGAUUACGACGAUGAUACUGGUUCAUGUUGGAAAGAACUGCGUACGGUUGUUUGCAAUAGCGACCACACAGCGACCGAGAUUUCUAGGUUGAAAAUCCCCUUUUAUCGUGUCAACGUGAUUAGCUUAUGCAAUGGCAUUUUCUGCCUUGAAUGUUAUGACAACCGCCAUGUUAACACAAUAUUACAUUUGUGGAACCCGAGCAUCAGAAAGUUUAAGAUGCUCUCUGUUCCCUACAAUAAUUACCACUAUGCUUAUAGUUUCACUCUUGGACUUGCUUAUCAUUCCCAAAACAAUGACUACAAGAUUCUCAGAAUUGUGUCUUAUGUAGAGGUUUUUGGAGUAAAACUGCCGCCGGCUGAGGCCGAGGUUUACACAUUGAGUACGGAUUCUUGGAGAAGGUCUGUAAUAUCGUUCGAGUCUGACUCUGAACCCAAUGUUGGAUCUAUUUUUCAGACACAUGCAGAAGUUUGUUUAUUUUUUAAUGGGGCUCUGCACUGUGUAGCAUCUACUCAGGAGUGUAAUUUCAUUUUGUCUUUCAAUGUCAACGAUGAGACAUUCCAAAAAGAUAUUAUUGUCUGACUUAGAUGAGUUUUCUCCUGAGUUUUACCACUUUGAUCAGCUUGUAGUGUUCAAGGGAUCAUUGGCUAUGAUUGUUUUUGUUGAAAGUGAAUUUGGACUUAUUGAUAGAUACCACUUGUGGGUGAUGAGUGAGUAUGGUGUGGUUGAGUCUUGGACAAAAAUAAUUGUACAAGUGGCUGGGGUUGAUAACUUCUUUGGCUGCACUGAUUGUGGCGAACUUCUAUUUAACAUUGGCGCAGAGGUCAUUUCAUAUGACCCUGAAAGUCUGAACAAGAACAAACUUGGAAUUUUUAUUGGACUUGACACUUGGUUGGGUUGCACAACUGAUCUUUUGGAGAGCUUGGUUUUACUUGAUCAGAAUGAUGAAGCUGAGAUUGAAGUCAUUGAACCUGAUAGUCCUUUGAGUCUCAAGGAAAAUCCUAGAGAAGCAAACCCCUCACUGGAUGCUUGCCCCUUUCGUUUGAAAUACCCAUCUUUACCUUCAUGGGAAGUGUAAGUGAUGAAUGACUCUGGUGAAGUUGAAACCAUGAUUAUUCCACGCUCAAAGCAUGUUCCUUACAUGCCAUUGAUGGGAGACAAGAUUGAAGUAGAUUUUGUUGAGGAGUGCCAUUCCCUUAUUGAGUCCAUGAAGAACUGGAUUUGGUCUAGUUCUCAAUCAUCUUUUGACCGUCAAAACAAACUUUCUCAUGAAAUUGAACUCUUGCAGAACAAGGUGGAAAGUCAAGCAAGUACCAUAAGGACUCUAGAGAGAUGUCUUUGUAGUUUAGGACCUCGUGAGGUUGGAAGAUCAAGUGAUCCCGUUACUGAUGCAGCCGGUGUUAUAACUCCUCCGGCUGAUGAAGAAGAUCCCAUGAAAACCACAAUGCAAUCUAAAGAGGAUUCCUCUCAACACAUGAAGUGUCUUGCUCUUCAAGAUCCUUCUCACUACCAGGUUCGUGAGAGUACAACUAUGGCCGCGUCCGGAUCCAAAUCCGGACAUCUUCCUUCUAGUCAACAGAUUACCUUCAAUGAUUACGACAAGGAAGAGAAGGAGAAGUACAUAGAACCUUUGGUACAACGUCAGGGAAAGUGAGGCCGUCUGUGAGCACCUGCAGCAGAGCUUCUUUCUUUUUUCCUUUUGAUUAGUACAAUUCUUAUAACAUAGGUAACUUUUGGGAACCAUGUAAAUGGAAGACAAUACUUUAGGUGAAUGACAUUAGCUUAAUGCCCUGGU